CUAUACUUCUCUACUACACGCUAUACUCUGGACAAUGCUAUCCCGCGUCCCCACACGCUCGGCUUUCUCUACCUAGCAUAAACUGAAAUAAUGCUAUCCCGCGUCUAAGCGUCAGUUGUACGUAAACAUAUCUCAGUCCGCGUCUAAGCGCCAGUUGUAUGUAAACAUAUCUCGGUCCACGUCUAAGCGUCAGUUGUACGUAAACAUAUCUCAUUCUUAUUAUUAAAUGUGAAUACUUAUAUUUAAUUGCUACUCGUGUACUAAUAAGAUUACAUUCAUUUUCAUAAUGGAAAGUGACAAAAACAGUAAUUUAAAUUCAAUGCGUGACAGUGAAAGUGAAACGCAAGAACAAAGCAGUGUAAAAAAAACAUGUGAACAACAAAAAUUUACUUAUCCAGCUACUGAUAAUACUGAAGAUGAAAACGAGAAUCUGCAAGACAGCAUAAAAAAAGAAUAAAAAAACAUUCUUACAAUUACCGCUUUCAACAAAAAAUUGAAAACUACACCGAAAUCUAAUGCUGAACGCAGUAAAGAAUAUCGACAAGGGCAGAAAGAUGCUACUGAAGAAUAUCGACAACGGAAAAAGGAUGCUACAUCAAGUACUGCCGAAAAACAAACGAAUGCUGAACGCUCUAAGCAAUAUCGACAACGGCAAAAAGAUGCUAGUACCACUGAAAGAUCAAAACGCAAUGCUGAACGCUGCAGAGAGUAUCGAUAACGUAAAAUACGUGAAAGUCAAUCGAGCACUACCACCGAAACAUCACAACGGUUGUUACCACAAACCAAUUGCAAACCAGAUUCCUGUGAUUCUACCAUAGAUAAAUAAAGUUUGUAAGAAAUAAAAUAAUGUAUGAAUAAAGAUAAA